AUGGCAUUCAAAUUCGUAGCAUUCGCCGCCCUUUUGGCUGUAGCCCGUGCCGGAGCUCCUUUGGGAUAUGGCGCCCCAGUGGCCGCUUACGCCGCCGCCCCAGUGGCUCACUACUCGUCAGCCCCAUCGGUCUCCUACAGCACCUACUCAUCCCCAGCCGUAGCUAAGGUUGCUUACGCCGCCGCCCCAGUAGCUAAGGUUGCCUACUCCGCCGCCCCAGCUCUUUCCUACGCUCACGCCGCUCCAGCCCUCUCCUACGCUCAUGCCGCCCCAGCCGUCUCCUACGCUCACGCCGCCCCAGCCCUCACCUACGCUCAAGCCGCUCCAGUCGCAACUUAUGCUCAUGCCGCUCCAGUUGCCACCUACGCUCAUGCCGCCCCAGUUGCCACCUACGCCAAGGUAGCCGCUCCAGUCGCUUACGCCGCCGCCCCAGUAGCCAAGGCCAUCUACGCCGAUGCCCCAGCCGCUUACGACUUCGGAUACGCCGUCAACGACCCACACACCGGAGACAGCAAGAGCCAGCAAGAAUCCCGUCGUGGUGACUCCGUCCAGGGAAGCUACUCCCUCAUCGAAUCUGAUGGCUCCAAGAGGACUGUAGAAUACACCGCCGAUGCCCACAAUGGAUUCAACGCCGUCGUCCACAAGGAGCCAGCUGCCGUUGCCGUCAAGACCAUCGCCGCUCCAGUCGCCACUUACGCUCACGCCGCUCCAGUCGCCACCUACGCUCAUGCCGCUCCAUCCCUUGCCUACGCCGCUGCUCCAGUAGCUAAAGUAGCCUACUCCGCCGCCCCAGCCUACUCCUACGCAGCUGCCCCAGUAGCUAAAGUAGCCUACUCCGCCGCCCCAGCCUACUCCUACGCUGCUGCUCCAGUAGCUAAAGUAGCCUACUCCGCCGCUCCAGCCUACUCCUACGCUGCUGCUCCAGUAGCUAAAGUAGCCUACUCCUCCGCCCCAGCCGUCUCCUACUCUUCCAUCGCCGCCCCAAUCGCCAAAGUAGCCUACGCCGCUGCCCCAGCUUACGCCCAAGCUGCUCCAGCCUACUACCAUCACUAA